CUGUGUGCGUGCAACUGGAUUCGAGACAGCGUGAUUGACUUUGCACGAGUCUUCGAGCCGAUGCAGUCGAAGCUCAAUGGAGCGCUGGUGAGCCGCAGCAGAAACAAGCACUCAGCAAGAGCAGCAGCCCUCACUUGGUCUGAUGAUGAACGAGGUGCAUACUCGCAAGCGCUCCAGAGUAUUGCAAACUCGGCCGAACUCUAUUUUCCCGAAGAUAAGACAACAAUUUGUCUGCUGACUGACGCCAGU